UUUUUUUUUUUUUGUUGCUCUCCAUCCGAGCGCGUCUCGCCACACACAGUCGGAAGAGAAGAAGGAGGGAGUCUUUACUGCAGAAGCUCGCCCGGUCGCAGUCCUUUUUGGACCCUUCCGAGCUCUUUCCCGAGGACUCCCGGGGUCCAAGGAGACGUCCGCGCUGAAUGUCCCCGCGUUGACCCAAAGGUCCAGGCUGUACGGGGGCGCAGUAGGUCUCUGAGCUCCAAUGCCAGUGGACAUGCAGCCACACCAGGGGCUGUACCACUACGAGACCUCACCCAGCCAUCCCUCCAGAGGCCUCGUGCCAUCAGACCAGUCUCCCUACACAGAUGUGUCCUCGCUGCGCGCCCCCCUCCUCAACGGCCACCCCCAGGACUGCCGCGCCAUGUAUAACCCCAGUAUGGCUCAUGGAUCGGGACAGGGGAUUGGCAACUGCAUGGAUCAAUAUAUGCGGCCCCCUCAGGCGCCACCGCCACACAGUAUGAUGGGCCACAGGGGCAUGCCGCCCACAGACGGUGGAAAUAGCACCCCCUACUGUAACCAGAACAACAUGAUGUCCUCUCAUCACAACUUCUGCCAGUUUCAGCCCUCCUCUGAUCAGAUCGGCUCAGGUGAUGGCUCCAGGUUCUCCACCCCUCGCUCCAUCCUGAAGCUGAGUAAAAAGAGAGCUCUGUCCAUCUCUCCUCUGUCUGAUGCCAGUGUGGACCUGCAGACAGUCAUCCGAACCUCGCCCAACUCCCUCGUGGCCUUCGUCAACUCUCGCUGCAACCCAAACGGCGCCAGUUCCUAUGGACACCUCUCCGUGAGCGCCAUGAGCCCAUCCCUCGGCUAUUCCAGCAAUAUAAACUGCCAAUCCAGGCAACAGGUGUCCAUGUAUGGAGGGGGCGGGGGGACACCUCUUGGAGGCCACUCGACAGGUCCUUGCCAAGCUUCCCGCUUACCGCCCCACAAUCCUCGGCUCCACGCUCCACCCAAGCAUGGACAUCUAAAGACCGAGCCAGGGCUGGGUGGGGUGAUGGAUGGCAUGAAUGUAAAGAGCCUGGAGGAGCGGUCAGAGGGAGAUGUGGCCAGUCCUUCUUCCACUGGCACUCAGGACCCUCUCCUGGGUCUACUGGACGGCAGAGAUGACUUGGACAAGGAGGACGGGAAGCCUGAACCAGAAGCCAUCUAUGAAACCAAUUGUCACUGGGAGAGCUGCAACAAGGAAUUUGACACGCAAGACCAGCUAGUUCAUCACAUCAACAAUGAGCACAUCCACGGAGAGAAGAAGGAGUUUGUGUGUCACUGGCAGGAAUGCUCUCGGGAACAAAGGCCUUUCAAAGCCCAGUACAUGCUGGUGGUUCACAUGCGCAGACACACGGGAGAGAAGCCACACAAGUGCACUUUCGAAGGCUGUAACAAGGCCUACUCUCGCCUGGAGAAUUUGAAAACCCACCUGCGCUCUCACACAGGAGAAAAACCGUACGUGUGUGAACACGAGGGCUGCAACAAGGCCUUCUCCAAUGCCUCAGACCGGGCCAAGCACCAGAACCGAACUCACUCCAAUGAGAAACCUUACGUAUGUAAGAUACCCGGAUGCACUAAGCGCUACACAGAUCCAAGCUCUUUGCGUAAACACGUGAAAACGGUACAUGGCCCCGAAGCCCACAUCACCAAGAAGCAUCGUGGAGACACAGGACCUCGACCCCCUGGUUCAGCGAUGACCCCUGGAGGCCAGAGCUCUGAACUACUGCUGGAGAAAGAGGAGACGCGCAGGGAGGACUGCAAGCUGUUGGCUCCUGAGACUACUCUGAAAUCCCAGCCGAGCCCCGGCGGUCAAUCCUCUUGCAGUAGCGAACGCUCUCCACUGGGGAGCGCCAACAACAAUGACAGCGGGGUUGAGAUGAACCUGAACGCAGCUGGCAGCCUGGAGGAUCUCACUGCACUGGAGGAUGGAGUCGCAGGUGGAGGGGAGCCAGUGGGUGUCGGAACGAUGGGGAUGUCAUCUCAGGCUUUGAAGCGGCUGGAGAACCUGAAGAUCGACAAGCUGAAGCAAAUCCGCAGACCAACCCCUCCCGGCCGCUGUUCCAACAACAGGCUACCUGCACUUCCUGGUCCGGGAGAGAACAUGGGAAUGUGUGCACCAUCCCCCCUGCUCUCGAAUCGCCGCGUUAUGGAGCUGUCCAAUCACGAGUUAGGAGGCGGCGCGCCGAUUGGCUGCUCUUCCAGUGACAGGAGAGGCAGCGGCACCAGCAGCCUCAGCUCUGCUUACACCGUCAGCCGUCGGUCCUCCAUGGUGUCCCCGCACCUGUCCAGCCGGCGCUCCAGUGAGGUCUCGCAGAUGGGAGGACCGGGAGGGGGCGGGUGUCACCACCUCGCCGCGGAGAAGAGCGUGGGUGACCCCCUGUCUCCGGAGACCAAUCGCAGAGGCGCUCCCUGUCCCGGAGGCGGGCUGCCAGGGCUUCCUAAUUUAACACCAGCCCAGCAGUACAGCCUAAAGGCCAAAUACGCUGCGGCAACCGGCGGACCACCACCUACUCCUUUACCCAACAUGGAGCAGCCGGGCACUCCAGCUAGAAGGGGCGUUUUGAGUGAGUACCAGGGGCAGCCCCUGCCUCCCUUCCUUCAAAAAGGUGGCCCACGUAGGCACAGUGCCAACACGGAGUACGGCACCGGCGUGGUCUACCCUCACCAGGCUCCCGGUAACAACAGCCGGCGGGCCAGUGACCCGGUUCGAUCGCUAGCAGAUCCGCAGGCUCUCCCCAAGCGCUUCAAUAGCCUCAACAACGUGGCCAUGAUGGGCAGAAGGAACGCGCUGCACCGCGGCUCCGACACCAGCCUCUCCCGCCACCUGUACUCCCCUCGGCCGCCCAGCAUUACGGAGAAUGUGAUGAUGGAGGCCAUGGGCAUGGAGCCCCGCCUCGCCCCCGCUGAUGCCAGGGAUCGUUCCAUGAUGAUGCCCCCCGGGGAGAGGAGCUUCAUGGGCUACCAGCAGCAGCAUCAUCAUCUGGGGAACCAGCUGUCCCCGAGCCAUGACUCUCUGAGCUGCCCGGACCAGGUUUACAUGCAGGGGCCGUACCAGAACCAGGGAGGGGAAGUGACCUCCAGGGCCGGUGGGAAUCCAAUGGGACAAGCGCGGCCUAUCCACUCGGAGGGCAUAUCUAAUGCACUUCUGCAGCAGGCGGAGUACAGCAUGAGCACCUGCCAACUCAGUCCCUCGGGCCCCCACUACCCCAGCAUAGGCCAGGGCGGGGAUGCUGGAGGCCCUUGGAGCGAUUCCCACGGCCAAAUCCAAACUUCCAACCAUGCUCUCCAGAACCAGCGAGGAAUGCCGUAUUCCGAUCCCAGCCUGCAGCCUCAGCAGACACAGGCCCACUUCAGCAAUCAGACAGGCCUCUACAACAGCCCCGAUGGCACCCACAAACUCACCAUCAAGCCGGAGCAGCAGUUCCACCCCGGGAUGGGGGGAGGAAACGCCUGUCAGAGUGCAAAGCUGCAACAGCAGCGGAUGCUCGUCCAGCAACCUCAGGGUUACCCGCAGCAAACGGGCCAGGUCCUGAUGAGGAGCUCUAACAAUCCCAGCUGUGACUUUCAAGGGCAGAACCACCAGAACUCCUUCCCCACCGGAGGGGGCUUGAGCUUGGGCUGUGCUGGCACCGCACUCGCCGAUGGGCAGAGGUCAGAAACCCCGAUGAUGCAGGUGAAGGAGAUGAUGGUGAGAAACUAUGUACAAUCGCAGCAAGCGCUCAUGUGGGAGCAGCAACAAGAGCAGCAGCAACAGCAGAGUGGAGUAAAAGCGCCUCCUCUGUCUGAUAACAUGGAUAUGAGUGCCCAGACGGCCAUAAUGCAGCACAGUCCACAACAUCCGAACCAGAAUCUUUACUCAAGCCAGCCUUACCCGUCCUACCCCAACCAGAACCUGGCCAUGAGCCCCCCGGCCCACGGCAGAGGGCCCGCCUCCGUCACACCUAAAGACCAGCAGCUGGCGGGUCUCCAAGUGUCGUGUUACGGCCAGGAGAUGGUGGUCCCCAGGCCGCCUCAGGGGCGGAAGCCCCUCAGCCGCCAGAACAGCCUGUCACAGGUAGGAGUGGGCUACCUCGGCAGCCCGCCCCACCUCAGCCCCGUCCACGCCGCUUCCAGCCCCAGGCGAGUGGUCCGACUUCCUCCAGUGCAGCAUCCACAGCACCAGCAGAGCGACAUGUUCUCUCCUUCCAACAACAACAACAACAUGUACUAUUCGGGUCAGAUAAGCAUGGAUAUGGACAAACACAUGGACCCCCAGAUCGGGCCUUGUCUCAACCAGCCGCACGGCAUGGGGUCCAGCCUGGACCCGACAGGUGGCACAAAGACAUCCCCCAUGGCCCCCUACCCCGCGUCCGGCCCCAUCUCCAAUGCCUUAGAACACCUGGACCUGGACAACGCCCGCAUAGACUUCACCUCCAUCGUGGACGAUGCCGAGUCCUCCUCGUUCAGCCCAAUCAACAAUCCCCUCCACGGCCUGCCGGGGUCUUCCUCCCAGGCCUCGUCCCGCCUCACCACCCCCCAGACGUCAGUCAGCCUCGCCGCGGGCGCCGGCCUGUCCAACAUGGCCGUGGGCGACAUGACGUCCAUGCUCACCUCGCUGGCUGGGGAGAAUAAAUACCUGAACACGCUGUCUUAGAGGAAGACUUUGGGGCAUUGAAAGUUCUUGAUGUUUUAAAUUGAGAUCCCGCGUGGAGAUGUAUGAAGCCCAGUGUUCGGGCCUAAUUUGCAUUGGGUUUAAAACAUUAAAAUGCUGUUGCUCACGGGAUGUUGAAAGAACGUUAACUAUCACAUAAUGGGUAUAAUUAGCCCUUAUUUGAGCCAGGACUCCUAAACUCGUAAGGCAACUGUUUCCAGUGGGUACCAGGAAUAAAUGAUACGUUGGAAUGCAUUUUGGUUGCAAGUUGAGACAAGAGUCCAAAUUGUAAUAAUGCCUACCUGAAACCUUAAAACCAAAGGUGCCUGAUCAACCUCCCUUGCUGUAUUGUUCCUUCGCUGCCUUGGUACUUGGUCCUUUUCUGUGCCUUCUCUCUUAGACACAGAGCAAAUAUGCCCGAUAUGAAACUGACACUGAACUUUUUCCGACCAGGCAUUCACAGUCACAUGGUGCAGUGGAGCACAGAAGGAUGCAUGUAAAUAACUUUUAUAUACAUUUAUAUAUUUUGUGUAUACGACAAUGAGACCGUGGAUGAAUCGUCCCCCGUCUUGUGACAAACUGCUCGUGUUCUAAUGGCCCAAAUGUCCAGGCGGGAAGGUGUUCGUUCGAAGAGCUGAGCUAAGAUAUUAAGUUGCGCUUCUAGUGAUUGAGAAAUCAUUACAACACAAUCUUUAUGGUGGCAUAUCAGUAUUCCCACAGCUGCAGAAAUGCAGUCACAGACACACACACACACACACACACACACACAGUGUCCACACACAGACACUCAGGACUUGUUGGUGUUUGAAUCGUUGGUGUUCAGAUUAAAUGCAUUUUGUAAUUGCCUUUCUAGACAGAGAGUUUGCACUCCAUAUGUUUACUGUAGGUGUUCUUGAAGCAGCUGUGUGUGUUUUUUUUCUUUUUCCCAGUGGUGUUGAUAGCUGCAAAACAGAAAGUUCCUUGCUCUUGCGAAAGGUACACUCACAGGGGAUCAAAGAGUAAAGCUCGAUUUUAUAAUACGUGUGCAACAGGACCCUCUGCAUUGCAGUAUGUCCGUCUGAUAUGUCAAUGACUCAGAUGAGGACCGCGGCUAUUUUGAAUGACACCUCGAAUCAGCUGUUUUGUGUCCAUUAACAGAUGUGUAAUAGUCGUUCGAUGCUGCUGCACUUCGGCUCUAAUCCCAAAGAAGAGUUAUUGGGGAAUUUCUGCAUCACUAGUUCAGUAUAGAGGAUCGAGAAGCAGGCCACCGUAGUAAAAUACAUAUUGUCAGUGGGUAUAAUGAGGUACUUUUCUGCGACUGUUAAGCUGUUUCACAUGGACAAAGACUGCAGCUCUUGGUAGGAGAACGGAUUUCACACUGUGGCUUUGCACUGACUCCAGCACUGUGUGGAAAGAUCUCUGAUGACUAUUCACAUGAACCUCAUUUUGAUAGCGAGAAAGAAUUAUUCCAGUAUUUUUUUUAAUAGUCUGUCAAGAACACAUCUGAGGACAGCUAGGCGUAUUAAAGCCACAUCAACGUAUGGCGGGAGCAUUUCACAGGACUUUUUCCGAAAAAAUAGCAGCGUCACUUCAAAGUUUACUAAGCAUUAGCGGGAAUGAACAUUUCUUCAUUUUGGAAAAAGUGUACAACCUACCAAAGACACCUUAAAAUGACUGAGAAAAAGAUGCACAAAUAGUCUAUUUUAACACAACACUAACACUAGCAAUAAGGGCAUGAACAUUGGACGGUAGUGCUGUUCCUUAGAAUGUAUGAGAUGUUUUGCAUAAAAUUAUCUUUUUAUAUUAAUGAACUUUAUGGAUGUUGCCUUCUAUGUGUGCAUUUUUUUUUCUUUUUUUUUUUAUAACUGUCGUCCUUCAUUCUGACUUUUUUGCUGGCAAAAGAAUAAUACCUUUAGCACCUAAACGCUAUAAUAGUAGAGCUAACGACAAUAGACAAAAGCCAACUGUUAUAUUUUGUGUACAAUUUUCUACAUUUUUAUACAAAUGUGCUAUAUUUUACCAGUUUAUGAAUAAAGAUGUUCAGCGGGGC